GGAACAAAAAAAGCUACUCCCGUUUUACGGCACAGUGAUGCACUUAUGUACCCAUCACAGCCAUUAAUAAAAUCCGGUGUUUAUGUGAUUUAACAUAAAUUAAAAACCAAAUAAAUCAAUCAAAUUCAUUUAAAAGUGUUCCCCAUCAUGUUGUGAUAGUCAAUGUCGUCGUUCUUCAUUCACCAUUAGCAGAGAGAUAAUCCUCUACUCAACUACACACAAACGGGCAAACGCAUUUACACAAAAAUGGCGUCCGCGACGACGACGGUCAUCGUCGACAAAGAUGCUUCUUGUGCAAAUGAUCCCGAUUUUGCGGUAAUUUGUGCGUUUUUGGAGAAAUUCUCGGAACAAUUACAAGUGAAUUAUCCGGAUUUUAAACAAUUACAAGAAUGGCUAUCGAAUACGGAUGAAGUUCCAAAUGGUUUGCGAGAUCUACAUAUCAAACUUAUGCGGAAAACUCGACGAACUGUUCACGAGUGUGCUUGGGAAUCGGCGCUAAGUAAAUUUUGCUUUUGCUAUUCCUCUCAAGAUGGCUGGGAAAUUGAGAGAUUCGGAUAUAAAAAAUCAAGUCUCAAAGUUAAACUCCGAAUUCUAAGGGAACUUCUUGAAAAUCAAUUUGAUCGAAAUAAUAAAUUUCGGGCAAAAAUUUUAACAAUGAGUGCUGAUUCGUUGAGAAGUGAACCAAUAGGACGGGAUCGUCUUGGCCAUUCCUAUUGGUUGACACAAGAUCCCGAAUGUAAUAUUCGCAUAUAUCAGGAACAUUUGGACGAAGAGAUAUGGCAAGUUGUUGCCACAAAUCGAGAAGAACUUGUUAAGCUUAUAUCACGAUUGAAGGGCAACGAAGUUGUCCUCCCAUCGGAUAUUGGCUUCAUUGAUGAGGAUAGCAGUAGCAAUAGUUGUUCGGUACCGAUUGAGAAACCUCCACCGCCAGAGGAAAAAGAUGAUAGUCAAGAGAGUAAUCAGAGCGCAUCGGGACGGGUACCGAAUAUUAAAAUUAAAUUAGGCAACAAGGACAAUGGAAAUAUUGCCACUGUCUCAAAUGAACCAGAAGAGACACUGCCUGAAGGUGGUGGUGGGGUUAGUGAUGGCGAAAUGGAAGAGGAGAAAAAAGUUAAGCCUUUGGUUAUUAGUCAAUCGAAAAUCAAAUUGGAAAUCUCAAAGAAACGUUCCCUAGAUGAAUGUGAAAAAAUUGAACCUCAAGAAGUGAAGAAACAAAGGCCAACUCUUUUGGACACGAAUCGAGAGAAAAAACUAGGAAGGUAUGAAAAGCACGAAGAUGACGACGAAGAAGAAGAUGAAAAUGAUGGUGAUGAGGGGGAAGAAGAAGAAGAGGAGGAUGACGAGGAAGAAGCAGAUGAUGAAGAAGAAGGAGACGAAGAGGAAGACGAUGAAAAUUCUGCUGAUGAAGGAGAAGAAGAAGAAGACGAUGAAGAUGAUGAUGACGAUGCCGAAGAAGAUGACGACGAAUGUGAAGUGAAGAAAUUUAAAUUAGAUAAACCAGAAGAGAAAACUAAAGACUCUUCGGAAACUUUAAAAAUAUAUCAACAAAUAUCCAAAAGUAUUGAAGAGAAGAAAAUCAUCCAAGAGAGUAAAAUAAAAACAAAAAUCGUUGAAGAAAGUAAAGAAGAAAAGAAAGACGUGCAAAAGAGUAAUGAAGAGAAGAAAGACGUUAAAGAGAGUAACGAAGAGAAAAACGACGUUGAAGAAAAGAAUGGCGUUCAAGAGAGUAAAGAAGAAAAAAAUGACGUAGAAGAAAGUAAAGAAGAAAUGAAUGGCGAAAAAGAGAAUAAAAAAGAGGUAAAUAAAAAAGAACAAGGUGUAAAGUCUUCGGAGGAGAAGGAAACUCCAAAACAAGAAAAUGGAAUUCUAAAGAAUGAAAAGGGAAAAAAUGAAAAAAUACCCGAAGACAAUAAAACAACUGAAAAUGAAGAAAAGAAAGCAAACAAAGAAGAAGAUAAAGAAAAUGAAAAAGAAAACGACAAAGAUGGAGAUGUCGACAAAGACGAAAUAGCUGCUGAAAACGAAAAACUUCCUACAACCGUCAAAGAGGUACCUAAAUUUGAAGAUAAACUUAAAGCAACUGUUGAUAAACCCGAUUCUGACAAAAUCGAAAGUUCCUCUGAAGACGUCGAAAUGAAAGAAGUAACAACUGCAGAUGCAAAAAACGACGAUCCCCCUGAAGCAGCAGAGGUAAGUGAAGCCAUUGAAGAUCCACCAGUGAUUGUUCGUGAGGAAGGUAGUGGUGCCGAAUGUGAAAAUGGCUUUGAUAUCUUUUUAUCAUACAAUCACUUUAACGACGAAGAAUCACUUGAAUUCAGUGAAGAAAUCGAAGACACACCCAUCUUUAUUCAAGGCGAAGGUUCCGGAGCUGAGUGUUUAGUUGGCAAUGCAAAAACCAGCGGAACAGAAUCGAAAGCGACUUUUUUCUUUGGCCAACCGGGUUGUUUAAAGCUAAGCCCUGUGAAGAAUCCAUCGAAGAGUGAUGAUUCUGAGAAUGAUAAUGAAAAUCCUGUAGAGGAUGAAGACGAGGAGGAUAAGGAGAGUGUUGAAAAAAUCUCCCCAGAACCAACAAAUGGUGAAAAUCAUUCAGAACCAGAAUCAGCUAAGAAAACUCCCAAAGUCUCGUCAUUCCUUGAAAAGAAGAAAAAUAAGCCAGAAGCAAAAAAUGGCAAUCAAGAUGACAGAAGACCAACCAGGCGAACAAUAAUAAAUCGUAAACGUCGCCUCAGUGACGAUAAACCAGAAAAACCACCUCCUCCACGUCAUCCAUCAUCAGAGAGUGAGACUGAUUUAAAUUCGGAAAAUUUAGAAGAUCAGAUUCCAGAUGAGGAAGAAGAAGAUAUAGGUGGCAAGCGACUUAAAAUGCGAAGCAAAUUAGUCAAUACAGAAAUUAGGAAAAAAGUCGAAGCUCAGAGAAAAACUGCCACAAAAGAAGAAACAACAACAAGCAGCAGUGGAGGAGAAGAAGAACUACCACGCAAAAAGGUGGUUGUUAAAAAAGUCGAAAAAGAACCUGAAAAACUUCCAACACCAAAAGCAAAAUUGAAGCAAAAAGUUGCAGCAGCUAAAUCAAGUUCUGCUGCUGCUUCAAAAUCUUCAAACAAACUUGCAGCUGAUAAAGAAGUUGUCAAGGAUUUGGAGAAAAAAGUUGCUGAUGAGAAAAUAACACCAGAAAAGUCUUCUGUCGCUACCAAAGUUAAUGAAAAACUCAAAGAAGACGAAGCAACAAAAACUCCGGCCUCCUCCAGGUCUUUAAAUAAACAAACAAAAAAACCACAUCCAGUGGAGGCGAAUGAAGAAUCUGAUGAAGAAAUUCCUAAAAAGAAACAAAUUACCCCUGAACUUGUUAAAGUUCAGAAAGGCAAAAGUCCUCCACCUGAAAUCGACCCAUUGGAAAUCGAUGUGGAAACCAAAAAAGCAAAGACUCCAGAACCAACACCACCAACAGUUGAAGAAGAUCAAUCCACAUCGGAUAAAAAAGAAAGAAAGCGUCGAAGCAGUGAGGAUGACCCAAAAGAAACUAAAACUCCUUCUCCUGUUGUGGUGAAAGCAACUCGUUCAAGUCGAAGAGGUGGUCCUCCAGAGCCUGCGAUAGAGCUUCCUCAAGUUAAACGGACUCGGGUCAAAGCUGCGCCUAAGAUGGUGGACGUUGUAAAAGUCGAGGCGAAGCCUGUCGACAUUAAGCCCGAUGUAAAAAAUGGAAUUCCAAAGACAGAAGAGUCGAAAACAAAUACUUCCCCAGUCAAAGAAGAGGAAGUUAAGAAGGAAAAAGACAAGGACGAAGAUCCAAUUGCGGUUAAAGAGGAAGAGCCCAAAGUCAAAGAAGAAUCAGCAGCUUCAAAAACUCCAACUGUCAUAACUUCUCGUCCUCGACAGCAGCAAGCUGCUCAAAAGCAACCAGCCACAUCGUCUGGACAGAGACGCAAAUGCCACGACGAUGUUGAUACAAAAAACAUUAUCGACCUUGACUCGGAAGGCACUCCAGUCCGAAUGUCACGCAGAAUAGCUCAGCUAAAGAUUCGCGAAGAAGCUGAUCGUAGAAAAAUGGAAGAAAUCGCUUUGCGCAACAUGAAGGCUGAAUUGAAGAAAAAGAAGAAAGCCGAAAGCAAGCCAGAAGAUCCAACAGUCAGUGAACCGUCUGAGCAUUCCUCAGAUCAGGCAGACAGUGAAGUUGAUGUAGAGGUGAAGAAAAAAGCAGAAAAGAAAAAGAAACUACCCGGCAAGGAUGGUUGGAGUUCGGGUUCCGAAGAGCCCGAUGAGGAGGAAGUGGAGGAACAUUACUACGAGAGGGAGAGAGAUCGUUGUAGUCCGCUCUUUAAAUCAGAUCAUGAAUUUUCACCGGAAUCAGAUUUGGAGGAUGAUUCGCAAGUGGUGCCACUGAAGAGAGCACGAACGGCAAGGAAAGAAGGCGAAGAAGAUACUUUGGAGGAACAUAGUCCGGACGAAUCAUGUCAAAAGUGCGGAAAAUCAGAUCACCCAGAGUGGAUUUUGUUGUGCGACAAAUGUAACAAGGGCUAUCAUUGUUCUUGCUUGUCACCAGUUAUUUUCUACAUUCCCGAAGGCGAUUGGUUCUGCCCACCAUGUCAGCAAGAGGUGCUGAUAGUUGCUCUGGAGAAUCAUCUGAAAGAAUUCGAUGAUUUAGUGCAGCGGCGAAAGGACGAAGAAGAAGAGAAGAUUCGUGUUGAAGAGGAACAGCGAUUGGAAUUGGAAAAAGCAGCUCAAGUCAAGGUGGAAAAGAAGAACGAUCGAAAGAUUGCAAAAAAACAAAAGGCUGCUACCAAGAAAGGGAAAUCGAGCGGCGCAUCAUCAUCGAAGAAUCGUAAGAAGAAGUACGAAGACGAUGAUGAUCGCAGCGAAGAUGAUGAGGAGAAUGGAACAGAGACUGAAGGAAGUAGUAAUUCGUCGAAUUCAAGUUCAUCGGGGGCCAGUGGAACGAGUAAGAGCAAAAGUAGCUCAGCAACUGAUACUGAUGAUGAGCCGAUCUAUAAGCUGCGAAAACGACGGCAGAUCAAUGUGAGUUAUCGACUGAACGAGUACGAUGAAAUGAUCAAAUCAGCAUUGAAGAAGGAGGAAGACGCUGUGGCUGGAGCUGGAAAUUUGGGUCGCGGCAAGGACAUCUCCAACAUCUAUGACGAGGAGGAGAAGAAGCCCGAAGAGGUUAAAGUUGAAGAGAAUGGAGGGACUGAGGAAAAACCGUCUGGAAAGCAACCCCGAGGUGAAGACUCUGGCAGUGAUUUUGAGCCCAUCAAAAGGAAACCAAAGACCGGACGUAAUAUCAAGAAGAAACACAGAAAACUUACGAAAUUGGACAUCAGCUCGGAGGGGGACGACAACGACUCUGAUGAAGACUUCAAAACUAGUUCGAUGGAUGACGAGGAAGAAGACGAUGAUGAUGAGGAGGUGUCGCAAUCUUCAGACAGUAGUUUGGAUGUGUAUCGAAGGCGUCGCGGCAGUCGAAAGGGCGGCAAGAAAAAGAAGUCUAGACGAGCAGCUCGCCGAUCGGCAAGAGAACGCCGAAAGGAUAGGAAAUUCAUCGUCGACGAUUCGGAUUGCGAUGGCUCAGAAGCUGAAGUGCGUCCGCGAACAAAGAAAAAACGAAAGAAGGAUUCAGAUUACACCGAAUCGGAGACCAACGACGACGAUGAUGAUGAAUUGUCGGAAAACAUCGAUAGCGAAGAUUUGUGCGAUGAUUCGACAGACAGUGAGGCAAGUGAUGGCGCUUGGCGUCCAUCCAAACGAAAGAAGCAACGAUCAAAUGCAAUUGCAAGGAAAUCUCCAAAAUUGAAGCCCAAAAUGGCAUCAAAAGCAAAGAAGACCAAACGUUAUGAUAGUGACGAAGGCAAUUUUAAGCCUAUCGUCUCAAAGAAUCGCCAGAUUCGGGAUGAUAGUGAUGAUGACGAUGAUGACAGUGACGAUAGUGUGGAUAGUUCAAGGAAAACUCGCGGCAAGAGAUGUACCUAUCUGGAAGACUAUGAUGAUGAAAGUUCUGAUGGAGGCAUUAAACCAGGUGUCAAACGACCUGAUACUCCUCCGGAAGAACGAGAGAAAUUCAUCAAGAAGCAGGAGGAGAUUAAGCGAAUGUUGGCUGAGAAAAAUGCAGAGGGUGCCAAGUUGGCAGCCACACCCAGAUUGAUUCCAAUCAAAACCGGAGCGCAAAGAUCCCCAGCGAAGCUGGACUCGCUGUCGACGGUGCCUCUGGCGGUGAUUCGUCAAGCUAAAGUGCUAGAUAUUGAUUAUUUGCAGCGCAAAGGUGAGUCAAUCAGUGAGGGUGAUUUAGAUGAGUCGGAAUUCGAUGACGAUGAUUUGCCAGAUGAUUUUAAUCCAGAGGAUAUGGAUGAGGAAGCUAUUGCACGAAUGGUGGAGGAAGAUUUUGCCCAACAACAACAGUUGAAGCUGCCACUUCCCAGUGAGGUUUUGCGAAAGAAGCCGGCGAAGGAAAGCGAACCAGUUGUGAGACCGGUUUCGACUUAUAUGCCACCUCAGGCACCACAGCAGCAAAGUUCCACUUCGGGCCUGCAAGAACCUGUUCGUAAGAAGCUACCAAUGCCAACGAUACAUCCUCCAUUAUUGAGGCACGGAUAUGGACCGCCUAUGAUGCUACAAAAUCGACAGACACACUUGCCUCUGUUGCAGAAUGCCCUAAGUGCGCCUCUGAAUCAUCCGAUGUCUCGCCAAUUCCCACCCACCUCUCAGGCAAUCCCGGCAACUAACCAACAGCAAGGUGGAAUGUCUUCUGGAGGUGGCGGUGAUCCCAACAAACCACGAGGCAGGCGAAAAAAGAUAACCCCACUGAGGGAUCCAUUGCAGAAGCAGCAGGCAGCAGCUGCGGCCUCUGCUGCAGCAGCGGCUGCUUCAAAACCGAGAGCUGAUAAUGCUCCACAGGGAAAACCUGAAGUGAGACAAACACAACCCCAACAGCCACAACAACAACAAGCACCACCACCGCCGCCUCCCAUUGUACAAAGUGCGACUCCAGGAGUGAUCAAGUCGGCACUGUCUAUAGCCCAGCCACCGCAGUUGUACAAGCCACCAACGGCAAAUACUCAACCGUCGGUUAUUACUCGAAUGCCCCAUCUGCAGACGAGACCAAUGAUGCAUAUGGGUGGGCCAGGACCAGGAGGUGGACCGCCAUUCCCUGAUCAAGGACCUCGAUUCUAUCGACCGCCGCAUCCACAGUCACAUUUGCGACCUCAGGCUCAGCCACAGCAGCAGCCACCACAACAGCGGCCACCGCCACCUCAGCAAUCUCAGUCGCAACAUCAUCGUCAGCCACCACCGCCGCCGCAAACAUCCCAAUCACAACCACCAUCGCAACCAAAUUCAUUGAUUCCUGGCAACAGGCCACCAAUGCGACAUCGCGGUCCUCCAAUGCCUCCAAUGUCAUCACAUCACUCAAUGCGACCGUCAUUUGUUGGUGGGCCACCACCUCUCAGACCAUCAUCAGGCGGUGGCGGUGGUCCUCCUCCGCCAAUUAGCCUAGCUAAUACAAUUGUACGAGACCAAGGACCACCCAGACAGUCAUCUCCAUACUCAGGAUCUGAGCAGCAAUACGCCGGACCACCAUCACGACAUUCGGCACCUCCUCCGCCACCACAUCUAAGUCCUUAUAGACCUCAAAUGUAUAACAAUCCUGGCUUUCCACAUAGAGGACCUCCAGUCAAUUCUUCACAACCAAGUCUAAUACGACCAGUUGGAGCUCCUCCUCCAGAGUAUUCAUCACCUGGUUCCUUCGUGGGAGGAGGCUAUGGCUAUUAUCCGCCACCGCUGUCAGUUCCUCAUUCUGCACCCCCACCUCCAACAGCUUCGGCAGUCCCAAGCUCUGUGAUUGUAUCAGCAUCUUCGCUAGCUGCUCCCACAUCUGUGGUAGUGGCUCCUCCAACGCAACCAGUUUCCGCAGUGCAACCACAACCACAGCCCCAGUCCCAACAACCACCACCACCACCACAACCGCCAUCUCGACCACCAGUCUCAUCACCAUCUCCUCUUAUUGAAAAGCCAUGUGUACCACCACCACAACCAGCUGCAGCAGCAGCUCCAUUACCACCAUCAUCGUCGACAACAAUUCCAACAUCUGUGAUUGAGCUAUCACGAAAAAAACUCACCACUCUGGAGACCUUCAACACAUCUAAGAACUCUACUCCGCCACCAUUGCGCGAGUCUUCCGAGUCGCGAAGUCCAUACUCAUCAAAUCCGCCAACGAUUGGUGGCCCUGAUGAUGCUCCAGACGAUGGUAGUGGAUCGCCACCAACAUCGUCGCAAUCUACAAGCGAAUUCAGUGGUCUGGUGAGCUAUUUCAGUUCUCAGCAUGACGAUCUUAACACAUAACAAACGAAUUUAAUUAUUCUCAACAACAACAACAAGUAUUUUCGUGUAUUCUCUAAGAAUAUUUUACACACACACACACACUUACACUCAAAUUCUACUCUCACGUUUUUAAUUUAAAUUUUAAGUUUAAUUUAUCAAAAAAAAAAAAACAACUAAA